AUGAGUUCUCAGUUUGAGGCAUCUCCAACGUUCUCGAUUGAGAGUGACCGCCUUCAUAUCUCCUACUUUUUACCCGACUCCCCCGAGCACUGUCUUUUCCUAGUCGAAUUAUGGAACAGUAAGGAGUUCAUGAGGACUUGCGGUCGUACCGGUAUCGAUACAGCAGAGAAGGCCUCUGACUUCCUUCGCAACCGCGUUCAUGCUGACUACGCCCGAAACAAUUAUGGCAUGUUUCUGGUUUCACUGAAGCCACAUGAGAACGCGUCUUUAGCCGAAUGCACCCCCAUUGGCUCCGUAUCAUUGAUGAGAGGCGAGCCACCGAACGCUUACCUGGCACCCGACAUUGGAUAUGCAUUUCUGCCCACGGAAACUGGGAAGGGAUAUGCAACCGAAGCCGCACUUGCAUUGAUGGGGUAUGCGAAGAGGGAACUUGGGGUCGACUCAGUAUUUGGAUUCUGUGGCAAAGAUGAUACCCACAGUGCCAGGGUGUUAGCGAAGAUUGGGCUCGAGUUUCGAGGACAAAAAAAACUGAAGGUUUUCGGCGGGAGGGAAAGUGCUGUUUGGGCGCUUCCUACAAUGAGCCAGGAUCUGAGUGUGUACGGCUUAGACAACUGA